UGCUACUUUCUGGCAUGGUCAUUUAGUUUUUACCCGCAAGCUAUUUUAAAUUGGAGGAGAAAAAGUGUGCAAGGACUUUCGAUGGAUUUUUUAUAUUAUAAUGUAGUUGGAUUUUUUUGUUAUUCGAUAUUCAAUUUAUCGUUUUAUUUCAGUAAAGAGAUCCAAGAUGAAUAUAAGCAACGGAACAAUUCAAAGGAAAACCUGGUUCGAGCAAAUGAUGUCAUGUUUUCCGUGCAUGCUUUUCUCAUAUCGUUGUUCACAUUAAUUCAGACCUUUUAUUAUAAGAAAGAUUACUUGCAGCAUGUGUCCAGAAUCGCACAAUACCUAAUUUGGACAGCAAUCGUUGGUGCAGCUGGUAUGCUGUUUACUAUAUACACGGGGCAUUCUAUGUGGAUUGAUUUGAUGUACUAUCUCAGUUAUGUCAAGUUAAUGAUAAGUUUGGUCAAAUAUGUACCCCAGGUUUGGAUCAACUUCUAUCGUAAAUCAACUGUGGGUUGGAGCAUACACAACAUCUUAUUGGAUUGUACCGGUGGGGUUCUAUCAAAUAUACAAUUGCUGCUUGAUUCGUACCUUAGUGGGGACUGGAGUGGCGUAUCGGGAAAUCCUGUAAAACUUGGAUUAGGUUUACAAUCAAUUGCAUUCGAUUUAGUAUUUAUUUUACAGCAUUAUGUCUUUUAUAGAGAUCGCACAGAUAUAUACUUGCAUACAGUAGAUGAAGAAAGAAGAAGGCUUAUAGCUGAAGGUCGUGUACCUAGGGCAGAAGAUGAGGAAAGCCGUAACUUUUUGUAAAGUUGUUUGGAGCAUCAACUUUAAUAAAAUUGGGAUUCCGCGUUUAUUAAAUGAAAGAGUGAAAUUAAAAAGAGGCAGUGACUUUGUUAGCGGUUGCUUCCAGAAAUUUUCAAAUGUUAAGUGAAAGCAUGAUUCUUUGUUCUUUCAUUUUUGGAGUUAACAUAUUAUCAGAUUGAGUACCCUUUUGUAAUUAUAACUUUUUUGUAUCAACGUUUUAGCCUACCAGUCCUAUAAGAGUAAAGGUUAUUUGAUGAACAGCUAAUCAUAAGGAAUAAUCACAACUGACAAUUAAAAUGCUAAAGAUGCCUAAUUAGUAGUAAUUUUUAUUUUGUUAUCUAAAUGUUGUUCUAGACAGGUUCUAUGGGACAAAAAUAUAAUUAUGAGUAACCAUCGAACACAUCAUUUUCGGUGUGUCUUAAAUGCGAUUGAAACUUAAGGUCUUAACCCUUUA